AUGGAAACGGGGACGCUCUCGCGCUCUGAGACUAUGGAGAUAAGAGGUGUGGAAUAUUGAGCUAGUUUAGUAUUUUUACAUAAAUUUCUGCUUUUAUCUGUGAAUUUCAGCAUGGAUACUCAACAAGCAGCAGCUGGGGUUCCAGUACAGAUUACUGUGGAACGAGGAAAUAAUUUGAGGAGUAAUAAAAGUGAGCCAUUUCUAAGUUUUGUGCGAGCUGAGUUUAACGGGACAGUGCUGGGAGACUCUCAGAAGCUGGACGUCCCGCUGGACGACUGUGUGAAUUUCAGCUUUACCUGCAGCUUUCAGUGCUCAGAAACGGAACAUACUCUGAAUGACCUGGCCAAGGAACCUGUCAUACUAACAGUAACAGAAGUCUUCCCCAAAGAGAAAAAGCAGAAACAGGACAGAACAAGUGUUUUGGGACAGGCUGUGUUGGACCUGAUUCCUCUAUUGCAUGGUGAGAGCAGAUUCUCCUCCACCGUGACGCUCCACCCUGUACCUGAAUCAUCCACUGAGACCAGCACACAGACUGGAGGAGUAACACCAACACUGGAGGUGACGGUCAGCGUCCCAGAGCUUUUACUCUCAGACUCCCAGCUCUCCCAGUCCAAUCUGCUGUCAGUCACAGUGGAGACGGCGUACUCUGUGCCCGACGCCUGGAACCCUGCCACCCUGCCACCCUCCAUCUACACAGCAGCUCUGCAGAUCCCGCUAACCGCUGAGAAAGAGCAGAUAUUACUGUUCUCUAAUGGAAUAUUAAAAACGGGCGGUGAGAGAGAGACAGCGCCGAGACCCAAAAAAUGGCCUCUGAGUCCUCGCCUCGCCCCGGACGCCCAGCCCAUUCCAGGGGUCUUCAUCGAACGAGAGCCCACAGAUUUUGAGGACGGAGAUCUUACCAGCGUAGAGGACAGGGAGUUCAGGGCUGAAGCAGAGUGCAACCAGAAAAGAGUGAGUUGGGAUACGGAGUGCAGAUGCUUUUUGGACGCAGGAGGAGCUGCUGGUCUGACCCGCAGGAUCGCAGAGUGCAGGCUGUGGCCGCUGGAAGUGAUGAAAUCUCCUCAAGCCGCCAAAGCAGCCGGAGGAAAAUCAAGCAAAGAGAAAGCUCAGGUAGAUGAUGAGAUCCAGAUUCCCUUCCAUGGAGUGGCGUAUAUGGACCUGACACCACUGCUGUACCCUGGUGUGAAGCGUAUCCGUGGGGCAUACAGGCUCCACCCAUUCUACGACUCAGAACUUCAAACAAAGACAAAGCGGACCAUGAGUGUUCUGCGGGAGAGUCUGAAGACCUCGGCUGCACCGCCACGCCUUCGCCGGUCCUCCUCUGCUGCCUCCUAUAAAGCUGCAGCUGGUAAAAAGACAGUAAACCAGGUAAAAGUGUCUCAGACUGAGAAUAUAACAGACGCUGAGCCACAGGUCAACACAGAAGGAGAGAUGUAUGCAGAUUCAGGAUCGUAUAUUAUUAUUGAAAUCACCCUGGAGAAACCACUGGUUCCAAAGAGACCGCUGGAGGAGCUAGCUAACCGAGUAAAGGAACUGAUUCCGCCCAGACCUGCACUACCCCGCCGACCAGCAGGAGCAGAGAGAGCCGUGCGAGAGUAUCAGGCUCAGAUAGAGAGUGUGGCGUCUCAGGUGUUGGAUCAGUACCAGCAGAUGUUUGGAGCGGCGUUCGUUCCUGGAGCUGAACCUCUGGACCCGGCCACCACAGAACAGCGCAAGAGCCGGAUCUACGGAGAGCUCAACUGCUCCGGGAAAUACUUCGCCUUUAAAGAGCAGAUGAAGUACGCAGUAGUGAGAAUCGUGCGAGAGAAGAUGCUGAGGACCAAGGCCUUCAUUGAUCCAGAGCAGCUGCAGGCCUUCCUGAGCCAGCUCUACGUCUUCCUGGUGGACGAGAUGCACGCUGCUCUCAACAAGACCCUGUCAGCCAAUGGUGAGGAGGUUCAGGCUCAGACACUACUGGACUGCUGCCAGCUCAAACACUUCGCCAGGGAGGCUCAGCUGAACGAGGACUAUCAGCUAGCUGCUCAUUAUUACCAGGAGCGUCUGUCUCAGGAUCAGAGCCCCUCCCACUGGUUUGAUUACGGAGCGUUUCACAUGCUGAUGGCUGAUUAUCUGAAGGCUGAGGAGUGUUUUCAGACGGCUGUGGCCAUCCAUCAAGAACACGUUCCCAGUUUGCUGAUGUGUGGGAUUCUGGCGGAGAUGAGCAGGCGAUACAGGGAUGCUGAGACGUUUUUGGAGCGGGCCACAUCUAUAGAACCCAGCAGUGUAGUCGCCUGGACCGUGUUCGGUCUGUUCUACCUGGCACAGGAGAACCCCAUUCGAGCAGAAAUGGCUUUCCUCAAAGCUACAAAACUCCAGGCAGCCCUGACGCGUCUUCCAGAGGUGGACAGCACUCAGACCCAGGUGGAGGGAGGACAGGGACAGGAAGUGGGGGACAGUGAGUCUCUGAGUAACACACCAGCUCUGGGUGAUCGGACAGAGGAACAUAGGUCUUCCACCAUCCAGGAGGUUAAAACAGGGCAGGGUUACGCUGCAGAUUCUGAUACUGAGCAUCCUGUCGUACACCAGCCCUUUACCAGACCCAACACCACCAUCUAUAUGGAGGCGGUGAAGUUUCUGCUGGAGAAUAAUGCAUUACAGAUGGCCCAGAGAGCUCUGGCCCAGGAGCUGCUGUGUCCGGAUGGAGGUCCGAGCAGCUGGUAUUACCUGUCGCUGGCUCACCUGCAGUUCCUGCAGGGGCAGUACAGCAGUGCUGAGAUCAGUCUGCAGGAGGCUCUCACCGACCACUUCCAGAACCCGGAUGCGUGGGCGCUCUGUGGUCACCUGUAUUACCUGAUGAAGGAUAAUAAACAGGCUGUGAAGUGUUACGAGAGAACGCUGGACUUUGUGACGGAUUCCUCGGACCCUCAUCCCGUUUACCUCCGACUCGCCUCCAUCUACCUGCAGAACCGAGAGUAUGAAAAAGCCAAGAGCACGUAUCUCCGGGCCUGCAGGAGCUCUCCAUCCUGUCGGACCUGGCUGGGUCUGGGCAUUUCCUGCUACAGGCUCGGAGAGAUGACUGAGGCAGAGGACGCCCUGGCCGAGGCCAACAUCCUCAAUAAUCAAAACCCAGAGGUCUGGGCCUACCUGGCACUGGUCUGUUUACAGACUGGGAGAAAACUGGAGGCGGAGCAGUCCUAUAAAUACACCCUGCAGUGUAAAUUAUCAGAUGAGGCUCUGCUGCAGGAGAUCAGACAGCUGCAGGAGCGGUUCGGAUUUGGAAAUCCUUGUUUUCCAUAAUAUCCAACUUGUUUGAGCAUCCAUUCAGCACUAAAUGCAGAUGUUUAGGCCACACUCACUUGUGUUUAAUUUUUUUUUAAAUAUUUGAAAUAUGUGAUGUAUUCAUGUAUUCAUUCAUCCAAAUUUUAUGAAAAUCAGUCAAAUAAAAUUGUAUUAAUAAGUAUAA